CGGCGGCCAACAGGGGCAGCGCGACGCGCGCACCGCCCGCGGGUCUCCUCCCAUCGGGAUUCCACCCGCAACGUUUCUUUCUCCAGAAGCUCCUGGAAGAAGCAACCCACGCUCUGGACUCCCUCGGCCGACGGGUGAUAAAAGUUUACGUGACUCCCAUCAGAGCACCCAAGAAGAAAAUGACUGUAAACAGAGGCCUGGUGUUAGCGUUUUUCCUCGUAACUGUACUGAUGGGGCCUCAGGAAUCAGGGGCUAUCAAAGAGGAACAUAAGAUCAUCCAGGCAGAGUUCUACUUGUACCCUGAUGAUGUGGGAGAAUUUAUGUUUGACUUUGAUGGUGACGAGAUUUUCCAUGUGGACUUAGAAAAACAGCAGACAGUGUGGAGGCUUGAAGAAUUCGGACAGUACGCCAGCUUUGAGGCUUCAGGAGCGCUGGCCAAUAUGGCUGUGGACAAAGCCAAUCUGGAAAUCAUGAUGAAGCGCUCCAACAACACUCCGGACACCAAUGUGCGUCCUGAGGUAACUGUGCUGUCCCACGGCCCUGUGGAACUGGGAGAGCCCAAUGUCCUCAUCUGCUUCGUUGACAAAUUCUCCCCUCCGGUGAUCAGUGUCACAUGGCUCAAAAAUGGAAAGCCUGUUGACACAGGAGUGUCAUCCACAGUCGUGCUUCCCAGGGAAGACAACUUGUUCCGCAAGUUCCAUUAUCUCGCCUUCCUGCCCUCCACUGAGGAUUUCUAUGACUGCAAAGUGGAGCACCUGGGUUUGGACCAACCUCUUCUCAAGCACUGGGAGUUUGAAGAGCGAAGCCCUCUCUCUGAGACCACAGAGAAUGUGGUGUGUGCCCUGGGCCUGAUUGUGGGCCUGGUGGGCAUCACUGCAGGGACUGUCUUGAUCAUCAAGGGCAUGCGCAAAAGGAGUGCUGCGAGAGCCCAAGGGCCUCUCUGAGCCACGUGAAGGGGAUGGCCGUCCUUAAAGAGAAGAUCAACGAAGAAACCUCCGCCUUGAUGCCUUUCUGAAACCAGAAGCGUUCCACCUGUCCAUCUCCACGAAAAUGUCCAUCUGCACACUGUCCAGCCCUCAGGGCCAGCGUGGCGAUGCCUUCCCCAGCCCCUCCACGCGCUGACAUCCAGCUGGGCUUCCUAUCUAGUUCUCCGUCCUGCAUUUGUGUCCCCUCCAUUUCUCUUUGUUUCAUUAUCACUGUUCAAGUCCUCCGGAAUAAAUCCUCCAAGUGUCUUUCUACUACGUAAAUUUCUAUUACAUGGAUACAGUCAUUGCUUAUCACUUGAGAUUUCUCCAAACUGAAUUUUAUACACAUAAUAAAGUAA